AACCAAAAACUCUAAUUUUCUUAAAGCUGGUGUUAGUUAAUUUAUUAACUUAAAUUUAUUUGGAUUGAACUGAGAGUCUUUGAGAGUUUCAUUUAUGCUUGCAUGAAUUUGAUUGAGGUAAGGAAAAUCAUUUCGUUUUAUAUUACAAUUUUUUUUCUUAAACUAUAUAAGUUUCCAUGUUACUAUCUUUUCUUUUAAAUAAGUACCUUGAUUUUGUUUUCUGUUCUUAUGAAAAUUGAGAAGACAUACUUGGAAACAAUACCUUUUUCUUUUCCUUCAGAAUCCUUUGGAAUGAUCAAGGAGCCAUUUGUUUUCUUUAUAUUCUAACUUAAAAAAGACACUUGGAGACUAUUCUUGUGUUAGUUAUUAGAAUUCAAACGAAAUGAAAGCAACUAGAUAUUAAUAAAACAGUCUAGUUGAUCGAAAGUUUCUUAAUUCCAAGAAGCUUAAGGUGGCUUUUUACUUAUGUUAACACCUUUUCCAUCAAUAAAAUACAGAGUUUUUUUUCACUCAAGUUGAGAUUUCAUGGAUGAAACCUAAGACACUCGAAGAAGCAGGACUUCUUGGAGAAUUUUGACAUGGACCCAUUACAAGAUUGAAGAUACAUAUAAAAGCACCUAAUAUUGUUUAGAUGAAGUUCACAUAAUGUGUUGUUAUAUGUUGAAGAGUCCAAUUUAAAAGCAUGAUGAAUUUAGCAAGAGUGUAGGAAGUGGCAACCGGGAGCAAACUUCCCUGUAAAAUUUAGCAACGUCUUGCAAUCCCCCCCCCCUACUAAGCCUCUAAAACAACUCUUAAAGGGGUAGAUGCGGGUUUGGCCAUUUUACCGAAACAUAUGGCCAAAGAAUCCACAUGCAAACGUUUUCUUCUCUUUUUGGAUAAUAACCUAUCGACUCUGAAGAAAAAUCAUGGACUUUUUAUUCAUUAAAUGAAUGAAAUUUUUAAAAAAGCAAAUUAUAAACGUCGUUUGGCACAUCUCAUGUUGACAAAUUUUAACGUUUAAAUCGAAUACAAAUUGCAUUAGAAAAGUUUGAAGGGAAAUGUCAUAUAUUAGUAUUAUUUUCUAACUGGUGUUGAAUCUGCUUCAUGCAGUUUUAUAUUUUACCAAGAAAAAAAAAAGGUAAACAUUUAACCUAAAUCAAUUAUAACCAAAGUUCACCCAUUUGUCUAAGGCUAAGCAUUGUUUGUUUGAAAAAUAAUUUAUUUCAAAAAUAUAAUUAACCAAUUAUUUGAUUCAGUUUUCAUAGUAACCAUCAAUUAAUAUAAAUAAGCAGGAAGAGUUACACAUGACUCAAAACACAAAAGCAGAGCGCUAAAAGAAAAUAUAAAUACGAAACUGAGUGAAAUCUCAUUAGACGUUAAUCUUUCUCUCUGAUUCUUCUUCUUCUUCGUCGUCUUGUGCCGACCUAUAAGUACUCUUCUCACUUUCUCUCGUUCGCUUCUCUCUCUCUCUUUGUCUAGUCUAAGAUCGCUAAAGCCGACUUGCAGGGUUUUGCAUCUUCUUUCGUAAGAUUGAAUCUUUUUCCCCCCUAAAACCCUAAGAUCACUUUUUACGUUUUCACGAACUGAGUUUUCUUGCGAUCCAAGGCUAGUUUGUUCUUGCUGAUUUUACGUUUGAUUGAUCGUUUAACUGUGAAGGGUAUGAUUGUUUCUCAUCGCUACUUUGCUAUCACCAUUCUCGUAGAUCGUUUGUUAUUAUCCUAUCCGUGUCAGUCACAAGAGAUGAUCUUCGUCUCUUUAUGUAUACUAUGUGCUUCGUUGAUUCAAGAAAGCUCAAGAUUUGAUUUUUUUUGUUCUGACUCUCUGCAGGAUGGAUGGUACGAUAGGCCCCAAAGGCCUCGUCAAAAAGACCGAGCUCGUUAGGAUAAUGACAGAUGCACUCAUCUCCCUUGGUUUCAACGGCAUCGCUACCGACUUACAGAACCAAUCCGGCGUUAAUCUCCUCGAUCCUACUAUCAGGCACUUUCUCGACGAAGCAAAGCGUAAAGAAUGGAACAGCUGCAUUAAACUAGUGCAGGAGGAGGAGGGAUUACAAGUGCGUGAUGAAAAGGAAGAGAUGACGCCUCUCGGUGUUAAAAGGAGGCGCCUUGAAAAGCUUCCCUCCAAAUUUGUGUUUCCAGAUUCUGAUGAAGAGAGGUUCACUGAGGUUACGAGGAAGGUGCAAAAACUGUUUCCUCCUGCAGCUAUAGUGCCAGAAGGGAGGUUGGUGCGUCUCUUAGAAGAGUCACUUUAUCAUCAGAUGAGGGACUGUGAUUACCAUAAUGCUCCUGAUACUGAUAUGUCCCUGUGCUUUGAUCAUUGCUGUUGGAAAUCCAAAAUUCCUUCCAAGACUGUUCAGACAUUGGUGGGACAUACAGAUGAGGUCUGGUUCUUGAAAUUCUCAAAUAAUGGCAAAUGCUUGGCUUCUUCUUCUAAGGAUAACACAGCAAUUAUAUGGGAGAUCAAUGCAGAGGGAGGAGAGUUUUCGAUGAAGCAUAGACUUGAGGGACACGAGAAGCCAGUUGUAGUAGUCUUAUGGAGUCCAGAUGAUCAACAAGUCAUCACAUGUGGAGAAAACGAAGUCAUCAAGCGCUGGGACGUUGGCUCAGGACAAUGUGUUCAAACCUAUGGAAGAGUUGAUGUUGGUUCCAUUUCUUGCAGAUGGCUUCAUGACGGUUCGGGUAUAAUUGGCGCGAUGGCAGACAGGCGGAUCUACUUGUGGAACUUAGAUGGGACUGAGAUAGAGCACGAGCAAGGGCAAAGGGGACAGAAGAUUUAUGAUGUAGCCAUGACGAGUGAUGGGAAGUGGCUUGUAAGCGUGGGAAGGGAGCAGAAUGAGAUCUCAUUGUUUGAUAGAGUGACUAGAGGUGAGACGGUGAUUCAAGUGGAAGGCAUGGUUACCUCGUUCUCGCUUUCGAGAGACGACAAGUAUCUUCUAGUUAAUCUCAUUACACAGGAGAUCCACGUCUGGAUGAUUGAUGGCAGACGCGAACCACGGAGGGUUUACAAGUUCAGUGGCCACAAGCGUAAUAGGUUUGUUAUCAGGUCUUGCUUUGGUGGCUACGAUGACAAUUUCAUCGCCAGUGGGAGUGAGGAUACUCAGGUAUACAUAUGGCACACAGACUUUGAGACGGGACCUUGUUGUGUACUGCCAGGACACGGAGGAGCUGUGAACUGUGUGAGUUGGAACCCCGCUGAUCUUCAUAUGUUGGCCUCAGCGAGUGACGAUAAAACCAUCCGGAUUUGGGGACUUGACUUGGAGUGAUGAUGACUUAGCUGCAAGUUUGAUAUUUCAUUAUGUGCAUAGGAUAUAUACCUUUUAAGUGUGUCUCUUGUUUUCAUUCUUCACCCUCUUGAUGUUUUUUUUCUUCCUUGGAGUACAAUAGAGAUAAGAGCAGAUGUUUGAUUACUAAUAGUGAGACACAGAAGACACAAAAAAAAAUGCAUUUGAGAACAGUUUUGCUCUAAUGUUGAUGCUUCACUUCUUCUCUUAAGAAACUAUUGUUCUCUCUGUCUCUCUUAGUUCAGCAAUGAAAUUUCAGUAGAAUCUUUAUUUGAAGUUGGUCAAAUGUUAGCUUGAAUCGAUCAAAGUCUGUGAGUUUGAGGACCACUUGAAAAGCCCUCGCCACAAGAAGAUCAUGGAGAGAGAUUACGUAGCAAACACUCCACAUUUAUACUCAUUUUACUAUAUCAGGGCUUAAACAUAUAUAUGGGCCUUAAACUGACAAGAGAUGAAACGUUACAAAAAGGCCCAUAGAAUAUACAUUCAAGAAACCUAAUUUUAGGCCUCUACUGUGUUAAUACUUAGUAAAUUUGUUUUGGAUCAAAUAUACUCUUUUUUUUUGUGCAAAGAUCAAAUAUACUCUAUAUACUUUAAAUAAUGAUGUGUGUGUACCAGCUGCAACAAGUAGAUCUCACCAUUUUUAGACAGCUUAGUCUGUACUCUAUAGUAAUACACGGAUCAAGACGACUUAAUCCCUAAAUAUAUAAACAUAGUUGCUUACUUUAAUUUAAAUGAAAAAAAAAAGAUAUGUUUAACCCUUUGCGUUUCCACACAUGAAAGCACUUACUAAUUUAAGAUUUUUUAAAAAUUAAAAAGGAAGAAUACAAAACAAUAUUAUCCACAAGUAAAUUAUUGACCAUUCUUUUGACUUUAUGUAUGAGUAGCAAACACCACACCACGUGGUUGGCAACAGCUUGGCCCAUUGUAACGGAAAACAACUUCAAAUGAGAUGUAUCUCUUAAGUUAUGGGUUCAUACAUUUUCUCAUCAAAACCUUAAAUUAUAUGACAUGUAUAUUAUAUAGUUUUGACAAUUGAACCCAUUGCUAUUUAUUAGAACAUGAAGAAUGGUUAUGAAUCAACAAGUGUGUCACGUGAUGGGCCGGCUUAGAAGCUCCAAAUGUAAUUUAGUUUACUUAUAUAUAAUUAGUAACUUAGCGAGUUAGUUAUGGACCUUAUGGUCGGUUGACAACUACUGAUACACAUGCAUACUGAAUUAAUUUAUAACUAAUCGAAACGUUCAAUGUGGUUUGUCUCUAUUUAACCGACCUCGACCAUGCCGCGUACAAACACAAGAAGACAUCAAAAAGAUAAAAUCAUUACAGUAUUAUUAUAAAUACCAUUUACAAUCAUUUAAAAUUAAUAUCACUAAUUAUGAGCAUAAUAUAAUCAAAUUGGAAAAUUUAGCAUAGAGAUUAGUGAUGCUCUCCCUAAAUUCUAUUUUGCACGAUCUAAGGAGCAAGGUAAGUGAUGGAUUAAUAAAGAAGGAAGAGUAAUUUUUAUAGUAUUAACAGUUUAACUAAAUAGGAAAAAAUUAGUGACCGUUGGAUGGAAGGUGUUCAUCGGAAAGCGAGCGAAGACCUCUUCACGUG